CUUCGUCGGACUUAUUUGAGCGCUGCACGCAACAUGGAGGAAAGUAAAUACAGUUUGUAGCAGAGCAGUCCUGUUAUAGUGAAUACCGCUCUGCUGGAGCCAAACCAGGCUUUAUUAUUCAGUUAUUAAGCGAUGGGAAUAUUGUAAUUCAGCUGCAGGCAGGUCUGAAAUCUGCAGAGGAAGAUGUUUUGUCUCCGGCUGUCCCUGUGGCUUCAGCCUGGGACACAACUUUGCUCUGUGUCCCGCCGGCAGACUGUCCAUAAACUGGCCUCGCUUCAGAAAGCCACAAAGCUUCCCUCAAAGAAAGUCCAAAGCUUACUUUACCCCUUUAGUGGGCUGGAAGCUUACCUGGACAGGUCAGUGGACAGGACUCCGUUCCAGCUCUUUCAUCCCAGUGUGGAGGACAUGGUUAAAGCAGAAAAGCUCUUCUACGCUUCUCCGUCUCAUAAGAUUGAUUACUACAUCUCUGCAGAGAGGAUGGACCAUGUACCUGCACUGAAAGCACCAGAGGUGUGUUUCAUCGGCAGAAGCAACGUGGGCAAGUCGUCUCUCAUCAAAGGUCUGUUCUCCCUGACUCCUGAGGUGGAAGUUCGAGUAUCCAAAACUCCAGGUCACACAAAGAAGAUGAACUUCUUCCGAGUGGGCAAAGCGUUCACCGUCGUUGACAUGCCGGGCUAUGGACACAAAGCCCCCAACGACUUUGUGGAUAUGGUGGAGCCGUACCUCUACACAAGAGAAAAUCUGGUGAGGACGUUCCUGUUGGUGGAUGGCAGUGUUGGUCUUCAGAAGGCUGACCUGAUCGCCCUGGAGAUGUGUGAGGAGAUCAGACGGCCAUAUGUGAUAGUGGUGACUAAGAUGGACAAAUGUGGGUACGGAACACUGCUGAAAAACUUAAUGGAUCUUCAGGAUGUUGUUAAAACACAUACUACAAGCUGCUUCCCCCAGCCAUUCCUGGUCAGCUCCCUCCAGUUUUGGGGGAUCUACCUGCUGAGAUGCUUCAUUACUCACGUAACAGGGAGCAUCAGGUUAACGAACACCUCUCAAAGCUGACAAGAGGCCAGCUCAGCCUAACUGGGUGGAGCUGGGACUUGCUAAGACCUGAAUACAUCCACAUUGCAACUGC